AUGGCAUGCUCUAAAUAUCCUUCAAUCUAUCUUUGCUUGGCUCCUCGUUUCGACAAAUGCGGCGUCAGCGCACUCUCCGUCCAUCUCGUGAUAGAGAAUCCCUCUGUCCAAGAUGGUGAGCCUAUGUUUUUGUUUGACACCUUUACGGACAACGUCCCUGGACAUCCGUACCGCGAGAGCGACAUCCAUGCUUCAGAUGAUGACGGACCUCUGCCACUUGCCUUCCGCGACAUUCCAAGUCUAAACCGUAACACGCAGCAGCAAUGGUGCCCGACUCGACAAACCAAAGGUCAUGUCUCUUUGAGAUUUGAUGCCUUUCCCCGCACAGUCUCGGAGAAGACUCCAUUGGGGGCCCGUGUGGAUCUUCGCAGGGAUCAAGGCGGUCUACAGGGCGCUGGUCGUUGGUUUCUGCCCCUUCUCAUAUCUGAACGUGUUCACAAAAACACUGUAGAAUGGAUCUUGCCAGAAGACACACCACGGUCAACAAGAUGUGUCUGGAGCCUCGGAGAAGGCCCUGAUCCCGUCGUCGUAAUUGGUCGUGCUGAUACGGUUUGGAGAACAGUUUACAUGACAGGUCCUGUUCGCUCCUAUCCAGACUCAGCCGCCCAGAAAGGGGACAUUCUCGCUGCUUGCUACUGGUUCGGCGACCUACCUCCCAACCUCGAUCGACUUAAGGCCUACAAUACAAGUCUUUACCCAAAGAUGGCAGAACACUUCGGGGUUUCAGGGGAGUCCUAUCGUGUUUUUAUCCGCAAGACAAAAGUCGGAUUUGGAGGCACGGGUUUCAUGGGUAGCUACGUGCUAGAAUAUGAUGAGACAGUAGCCGACGAAACUGAUGAUUCGCUUUUGCUUCUUUUCACACAUGAAAUGGUUCACAGCUUUUCUGGCCUGAGUCCUGAAGAGGACGGCUAUGAUAAUGAUUGGUUUAUAGAAGGAAUCGCCGAGCUUUACUCAGCCUACCUACCAUACCGUUUCGGACUUAAAGACAAAACCUUUCUGAUUGAGAGUAUUAAUCGUCAUCUUCAGGGAUACUUCUCUUCUCCGCGAAUCAGCAUGGAUAUUCGGGAUGCUGCCCAAGAGAUGUUUACUGAUUGGUAUGCUGAAUGGGUCCCGUAUAAGAGAGGUUGCAUUUAUCUACUCUUCAUUGACUGCUGGAUGCGAAAGCAAAAUGGUCAAUGUGACUUAUUAUACAACGGAAGCCUGGAUCAGAUUGUUGUAGACCUUUCCCGUCGAUGGAGACUCGGCGAAACUGUACGGGCUAGCGACUGGCUCGACCAAAUCCGCAACGAAUUGGAUUACACCAGCUUCUCUUUGGACAAUUACUUCAGGGACAUGCUCAAUGGCAAGCAGCUUAUGGACUUUGAGGGGCUGUCUUUCCCUGAGCCAUAG